UUUAGUUUUUUUUUUUCUUCUCUUACCUUACCCUACGUCCCUACCCAUUUCACCUCUCUCACUUUCUCUCUUUUUUUACUUUGAAAUUUCAAAAAGAGAGAGAGAGAGACCCAAUAACAAAAAAACUGCAUGGAAAGUCGCCGGGAAAUCAAGAUCCGGCCGGUGCCGGUGGAUUUUCCCGGUUAAAUGCAAUAACCCUUAAGAUGUUGUCGUUUAUAUAAUCAGAAGCGUUGCCAAAAUUACUUUGUUUUUGUUUUUCUCAUUUCGAGUUUAUUUGCAAUGGCUGCCACGACUAAUACGACAACUACUCCGCCGGACUCAGUGUCGGCCGAUGAAUUAGCAGCCAAGGCCGUACACAAGAGAUACGAAGGGUUAGUCAUGGUUCGAACGAAGGCAAUAAAAGGUAAAGGAGCUUGGUAUUGGGCUCAUCUUGAGCCUAUGCUUGUUCACAACACCGAUACCGGACUUCCCAAAGCUGUGAAACUCCGGUGUUCUUUAUGCGACGCCGUUUUCUCAGCUUCCAAUCCUUCAAGAACAGCUUCAGAACAUUUAAAGCGAGGAACUUGUCCUAACUUUAACUCCCUUGCUAAACCCAUUUCAUCUGUUUCACCAUCUCCGACAGCGAUGACAACUCCAACAGCAACACAAAGUAAUAGAAAACGAAGUUCAUCUUCGGUUACUGUGACAGCCACUGGUGGUGUCCUUGUUGCAUCGGGUUCUGGUUCUGUUUCAGGUUCAGGUUGUUCUUAUCAAGCUACUCCUUUGGCUAUUGUUGACCCAUCAAGGUUUUGUGGGGAGUUAGCUUAUUCACCCUCACCAGGUGCGGUUGUGACAGCAAGUGGUGGAACUGGAAACUUGUUACCACAACAACAACAUUUGGUUUUGUCUGGUGGAAGAGAAGAUUUAGGUGCUUUGGCUAUGUUGGAAGAUAGAGUGAAGAAGCUAAAAAGUCCUAAAGCAUCACCUGGACCAACUUUAAGCAAAUCCCAAAUUGAGUGUGCUGUUGGUUUUUUAGCUGAUUGGAUGUAUGAAUGUUGUGGGUCGGUUUCAUUUUCAAGUCUUGAACACCCAAAGUUCAGAGCUUUUCUUAACCAAGUUGGGUUACCACCAGUUUCGAUAAGGGAGCUUGUUGGGUCUAGAUUGGAUGUUAAGUACGAGGAAGUGAAAGCUGAAUCAGAAGCAAGGAUUAGAGAUGCCAUGUUCUUUCAAAUUGCAGCUGAUGGAUGGAAAGUUAAGAACUUUUCUAGUGGAGAAGAAAGCUUGGUGAAUUUGACUGUGAAUUUGCCUAAUGGGACUAGUUUGUAUAGAAAAGCAAUUUUCUUUACUGGUUCAGUCCCUUCUAAAUAUGCAGAAGAGGUCUUGUUGGAGACAUUAACAGGUAUUUGUGGGAAUGCUGUUCAACAAUGUGCAGGGAUUGUUGCUGAUAAAUUCAAGACUAAAGCUUUAAGGAAUUUAGAGAGUCAGCAUCAUUGGAUGGUUAACCUUUCUUGUCAAUUUCAAGGUUUCAACAGUUUAAUAAAGGACUUCACCAAGGAAUUUCCUUUGUUCAAGACAGUGACAGAGAAUGCCUUGAAGGUUGCAAAUUUCAUAAACAACACCAGUCAAAUCCAAAGUAGUUUUCAAAAGUAUCAGUUGCAGGAGUGUGGGAUUGCUAGGUUACUGAGAGUGCCUUUGCGUGAUCACGAAUUCGGACCGGUGUACACAAUGGUUGAAGAUAUACUGAACUCUUCUCCAGCACUUCAGUUGGUUCUACUCGACGAAACGUUUAAGUUGGUAUCCAUGGAAGAUCCGGUUGCUAGGGAAGUUGCGGAGAUGAUUCGAGAUAUGGGGUUUUGGAACGAUUUAGAAGCGGUGCAUUCGCUGGUUAAAUUGAUCAAAGAAAUGGCUCAUGAGAUCGAGACCGAAAGACCACUUGUUGGACAAUGUUUACCACUUUGGGAUGAACUUAGAACCAAAGUGAAGGAAUGGUGUUCAAAGUUUCAAAUUCCAGAAGGUCCAGUAGAGAAAGUGAUCGAAAGACGGUUCAAGAAGAACUACCACCCAGCUUGGUCCGCCGCGUACAUUCUCGAUCCUCUUUAUUUGAUUAAAGACAUGAGUGGAAAGUACCUUCCUCCAUUCAAAUGCUUGACACCAGAGCAAGAAAAAGAUGUUGACAAGCUCAUAACCAGGCUUGUAUCAAGGGAAGAAGCUCAUAUUGCACUUAUGGAACUUAUGAAAUGGAGAACCGAAGGGCUUGAUCCGGUAUAUGCACGAGCAGUACAAAUGAAGGAGCGGGAUCCCAUCACUGGGAAAAUGAAAAUUGUUAACCCUCAAAGCAGUAGGCUCGUAUGGGAAACGUAUCUAACCGAGUUCAAGUUCCUCGGAAAAGUUGCAGCUAGGCUUAUAUUCCUACACGCAACUUCAUGUGGAUUCAAAUGCAACUGGUCCAUGUUAAGAUGGAUAGCAGCUCAUGGACAUUCAAGGGUAAGCAUUGAAAAAGCUCAAAAGUUGAUAUUUAUCGCAGCACAUAACAAGCUCGAGCGGCGCGAUUUUUCCAGCGACGAAGAGAAGGAUGCACAGCUUUUCGCAUUAGCAAACAAUGAGGAUGAUGUGCUAAAUGAGGUUCUUGUUGAAACAUCCUCAGUGUGACCUUUUUUUUCACCAUUUUAGAAAUUUGAAAAAAAAAAUUAGGAUUUUUUGAAAUUCUUUUUACUAGUUUUACUUAUUUUAGAAGAUUUUAAGAGAGUCAAGUGGGAAGGAAAAAAGGGACUGAUUGUGAACUAAACAUUGUAUAUUUCCCACCACUGUUGAGCUUGAUUUUGGGGCUUUUGGAUUUGCAAAAAAAAAGUCUUCUUGUUUAUUAAGAAACACAAAUGCUGCUUGAAUAUACAAGUUCAAGAACAGGAAGAACAUUUGUAAAUUCUUUUCCUCUUAGCAGUUUUGAUUAAACAAAAUAAUAUCUAUAAAGGGGAAAGAUUUAUUUUGGUAUGAACACGAAAAA